CGUGGUUCAGCGGCUCUGUCAAGUUGAGCUGUGAUGCGUCAACCCGGUGAAUCACAGGCACCGAGGAGGAGGAUAACGAAAGAAGGAGAGACAUGGAUGGAAAGGAGGGGAGGAAGAGGAGAAAGGGUUAGAAAAAGAGCAGGAGGAGGAGGUAGGCUACAAAAAGGCUCCGCCGUCAUUCAGUCUGUCACACAGACCACACACACCAAGCCAGCGGAGCGUCAAUAUUCAAACGUCAUCCUUUAAUAUCAUCAAUACACCCAUUUAUAGGAUUACCAUCACAGGCAUUUUUCCUUCAUCUUCUUUGGAGUUGUGUGAGGGAGGGCAAGGAGAGAAGACAUUAUUAUCGGUUUAUUUCAGCUCCAAAAUUCACCGGUGGAUGAACUUGUGAGAGCGAACUGAACGGAAUAAAAGGACUUGGAGAAAAUGAAAAGGUUUUGCGGAGUCAAUCAACAUCAGCUCGUCUUGCUAUUGGCUGCUGCCAUGGCAACAGCCCUGGAUCCUUCACACAACCUGGCAAGUGAGAGGAGUUCGAUAGAAAGCACGUACGAGCUGACCAAAUACCUGGAGUAUCAGCUCAAGGAAAUCAAAGACAUAUAUCUGACCUACCUAGGCCCCCCAUUCAAUGAGAAAGACUUCUCCCCUCCUCGACCCAACAGUACCGCUCUGGCCCUGCCCAGCGCUGCCACCCGCCUGGAGCUGUGGCACGGCCUGGAGAACCAAGCUCGGCUCGCCCAGAACCAGAAGGCUUACUCUGUCCUGCUGGCAGCCGUCAGGGAGUUGGCCCGCUCCACCCUCUGCCCCGCCCUCAAGCUAUCCCUGCUGCACUUUUGCACAGGCCUGGAUGGGCUGCUGGGCUCCAUAUCCGCACUGAUGACCACCCUUGGUUACACACUUCCUCCACCAUCUGCAAACUUGGAAAGUGAUGCUGGAGAGCUGCAGUACCCUCAGAGGGGGGCAGGGGGCGACCGACCUGCUCCACUGAUUAGCCAGAGCCUUUACAGGUCCAGAGCCGGGACGAGGACAGAGCCCGGUCAGCGUAACAACCAAAGAAGAAGCAGGACAAGGGUGGUCAGAGGAGAGAGGGAGGACAGCAUCACCGUAGACCUGGUGGAAAAAAGGAGAGGGAAAGAAGGUAGGAGAGUGGAGGCGACUGCAGCUGGAGAAAGGAGUGGCGGAUCGACGGACAAGGGAAGAAGAGAAAGAGGAAGGCGAGUGAGGAGGGAAGAGCCAGAGAGGGGGAAAUGGACUGCCAGCGAAAAAGAGAGAGUAGCGGAGGAAGAAGAGGAGGAGCUGGAGCGAGAGGGAGGGGUGGAGAGAUGGGGAAAGAGAAGGUUGCUGAGCAUCAACGAGGAUGUUGAGGAGAAGAGGCAGCCUGAGCCCAGGGUACAAGUGUCAUACCCGGGCACAAGAGGUUCCAGCUCUCUUCAACAACCGACCAUCCACGCCAACAACAAUAACAAUCAAUACAGCUACAACAUGAACUCACAUCACAUAAACACACUCAGAAAAGAAGAUGGAUUCAUUGUAGAGGGAAGCAGAGGGUUAACAUUGGAGGAGAAGAAGCAAACAGAAAUGGAACCAACCUCCUCUUCCUCCACUUUCCAUCUUCAGCGUCGGCCUCCUCGCUCCCUCCUCUCCCCUACCCUCCAAGCUCCUCUGUCAACCCUCUCCCUGCUCUACCAGUUCGGCGCAGGAGAGGAGCACACCCUCCUCUCCCAACCCAUCCCUCUGUCUUUACAAAGGGGCACCUCCCUUCUUUCGCCUCCCCUGACUCCGCUCCUUCCCUCUACCUCCUCUGCCUCUUCUUCGCUUUUGUCAGUGCGGCCGACGAUGAACGACUUUGCCAAAAAGGUGGAAGGGUUUUGGAUUUUGAGAGAGCUGCAGAGUUGGCUGUGGCGGUCGGCGAAGGACUUUAACCGCCUCAAGAAGAGACUCAGAGGCUGAGACAUUGAGACACACAAGUGCAGUAUAUUGGAAAUUUAUUAUUUGCACACAAUAAUUGGAAGUGGAAACAAAUUAAGAGCUUGAACAGACAAAAGCACAAAAAACCACACUCCUGCUAACCCGUUCAUUCAUACUGUACUGGAAUAAGUGAAUGAAGGACUAUUUGGCAGGUCACCAGAAUCGCUAAUGGAAUAUAACACACACAAAGCCAACACAUUACCAGCACUGUCACCCGCCUGAUUCACACAGCAGCUCAUUGAGCGAGACACACUGAGACUGGGCUGAGUUACUGGACUUCAUGGCUCAUAGAUCAACAGAAAUACCACUGUAGGUGGUUAAACACACACACACACACACACACACACACACAUGCAUACGCACACACACACACACACACACAAGCACACACACACUCCAUAUGUGUGAAUCAGCAAACAUUCAUUUUCUCUUUCAAGGAAGAACAUUUCUGAAUGGGUAAAAGACAAAGGGAGAGGAGGAAAUAGCCAGAGGGAUGAAGAGAAGAGGAAGACGGGAGGAGGCGUGAGUCAAGGGAUGAGCAGUGGCAAUAACGGGCAGAGGGUUAUUGCUGAGUAAUCAGAAAUCGGCCGGUCAGUUACAGUAACUCUACAACAGUGCUUCACAUACUGUCUACACACACACACACACACACACACACACACACACACACACACACACACACACACACACACACACACACACGUAUUUUGUGCCUUGAGAAAAUAGCAAUUAAUUUCUAUGCUACUUUUGAUUCAGUGUUCACAAAUUUGCAACACUUUUUUAAUGAUUUCACUACAUAGCAACACAUAUUUAACACAAUCUUAAAAUGUUGUAUAACAAAAAAACACAGUUUUGGGUGUUUAGGAAAUACACUUGCUUGCUUUUGUGCUGAGAGUAAGAUGAGAACAUCAAUACCGCUCUCAUUUCUGUGCACUUGAUAUACGGCUGGAGCCAGCUGCUGGUUAGCUUUGCUUAGCUUAGCAUAAAGACUGGUCAUGGGGGGAAACAGCUCUGUGGAAAGGUAUUAAAAUUCAAAUACCAGCACCUCUUAAGCUCACUAAUUAACAUGUAAUAUAUUUUUUGUUAAAUCCAGACAAAAACAAAGGUUUAAAACAGCAAGUUGCCAUUGUGGAAACUUGAGGUCACAGUGAGGUUGCUCGGCAACCAGCGGAGACUGCAGGUACCCACUGUUCUGAGCUACGAAACAUAAAACCAUAAAAUCUUUAAUGUGUGUUCAUUUUAAACUUGUGGUAGGCAGAUGGAUGUGGCAUGUUACUCCCUCUAGCAUCACAAAUUGUCAUUUUUUAGAUUUCUGUUUCGGUAUAGAGAUUCUAUUUAACAUUUAACAGUUAUGUUUAACAGAUAUAAGGUAUUCGGUAAUCAAUCUUCUCAUCUAACUCUCAGUAAUGAUGCAAACACGCCAAACUAUUACUUUAAACACAAAACAUUAGACACAUUGAUGUGAAUCUGUGCCUUUUAAAUCAUGAAAUCAGACUUUUUUCUUUGGCAACUCACAGAUGGCAUAACUUCUUUUCCAGAAUAAAAAUUGUGUUGUGUUUUUACAAUGUGCCUUGGAUGAUAUGACUAAAGGUUAUGGAUCAUCUCUCUAUAAUAUUUAUUGAACAAGAUGUUUAUUUAUUAUUAAAUCCUGUGUGAAUAUACUGUAUUGUAACUCAAAAUAGAAUAAAUGCCAGCUUUUGUACAGAGCGUGGUGUUAUUGGUCAUUUGGGAGCCCAUCGGAGGAUAGAGACAAAAAAGAAAUGCUUAUGGGAUUUUGUUUGCAAUGGUUUCAGUUUUAUAGGGAUGGUUUCGGGUGAUUGGCACAAGGGGAGAGGAGUUUGGGGUCGGGGUGUUUUCUGGAAAACAAAGACCGGCUCACAUUCGUGACAAAAAAUAGAACGAGAGAGGCGGGGUAUGAGAGAGUUUUUAUUUGUCUGUCCGGGUGAAAAUUUACGACCAUUUUUCCUUUCAUCUCUCUCUUCCCACUUCCCACUGCAUCAUCCCUCCUCCCACUUUGCUUUCUUUUCUCAUCACACUAUCUCACGAAGCUCCUCUUCCCCUGAAAACAUCCCUCUGACCUGUCACAGUGAGGGAUUUACAUGAAACAGGCACAGGUACAAACACACCUUCUCAUAAUCCCACCAACCGCCCAGCUCUCUUGUUGUGUCUGUGUUUCAAGGCCGCCGCGCUCCCUGUCUCUGUCACUCCUCUCCCGCUUAUCGUUUUCGCUCUUGUCUUCCUUACCCACUCUUUAAUCGCUUCCUCA